AUGCUGGAACAUGGGGAAGUCGUUUUCAUUGAUGAGAUUAAGAAGGAAGAUGUUGGCGUGGGAGAGAAAUCUGUCAGAUUGUGUGGAAGACUAGAUGAUCACAACUUUGAAGAUUGUCGGGCAACUCUGUCUGACCCACAGACCUGCUCAAGUGUGAUCCUUGAUACCUCUCUCGUGGAACCAUUCGAUACACACCUUGGUUCCAUAUUCCAAGUCAUUGGAGAGCUUGAAUACAGUGAGACAGAUUGUACUGUUGUGAUGCGGACUCGAGUGAUUCGUUCAGUGGAUGGAAUAGACUUUAUUUUGUAUAAAAAUGUGAUAACUGCUCAGAGGAAAUACAUCAGUUCUCGUUCUGAUACAUAAGUUAUUUUAAUUUGAAUAAAGAAUUUAUUUUAAGUGUGUGUACUUGCUCAGACAUUGAAGAAAUAUACUUAAAGUUGUGUAGUGGAGAAUGAUAUUUAUGUAAAUUGGCAAACU